AGUACUGUCCAUGAUCUGACAGUCCACCAUGCAACUCCUGAGGACAUUCUGCGUCGCCAUGAAAUACACAAGUCAAAAAACAAAGCACUGGCGCAGCUGGAACUACAAGAGAAAGCACUGAAAAGAAAAUGGAAGAAGCAAAAAGCUGCUGAUUCCUUGGAGAAAAGGAAAUUGAUUCUGAUGCGUGAGAUUCUGUCUGAUCAGUACCAUUUGCAAGAUGUAUUGGAACGAACUGAUCAGGUUAUGGCUGUGGCGAAAGACUUGGUUGGGGACGCUCCUCGCACACGAACAGGUAAACAAUCUCAUUUGUAUGCUCUUAAUGAAGUGGAAGAGAAGGCAUCAUCAAUCUGUCAAUCAGAAGAUGGACAUCAUGCCUCUCUGCAUUUCAAAUCCAGCAUCAGUUCUGACAGGGUACUUCGGCUGUUGAGAGAAGAAAAUUCCUUGGAGAAUUCCCAGUUGUGGGCUGAAAAGGAUAUGAGAAAAACUACCAUAGCACAGGAAUCACAUGUGCCUUUGACUCCAACUGCUUCUCCAUCAUGGGAUCAGUCAGCCCUCAAUGGUAGCAGUGUAGUAAAGAGAAUCCAUUCAAGACUUCAGAAGGAAGAUGAAGAAGAGACUGGAGACUCCAUUUACAGUGUGAGACAAGUGCUGAACCCAAAGUCAAGGAAACAAAAGCAAAUUGCAUCAAAAGUGAAAAGGAAGGAGACUGCACAGAACUCUGCGAGACAGAGAAGGGAUGGUUCCCCAGGUAGUUCAAUCCCCAUCAACCUUCGGAGGGACAACAUGUCCAGCCUGGAUGUUCUCAACCACAUGAUACAUGAAGUGGAGCAUGAAUUGGAGGAAUAUGAGCGAUGUACAGGUCGUGUGGUUCAGAAAACUCAGAGAAGUGAAGGGCUCACUGGGUUUACCUUGUCACUGGUGAACGCACUCUGUCGCCUUAUGCGCUACGUCAAAGAGAGUGAAAUGCAGCUGCGUGAGAAGGAGGUGGUGAGGCAGCAGCAUGAAGAGAUGUUGAAUGAACACAGAGAACUGAUUGAUGCUCUGACUGCAGAAAUACUUCUAGUCAGGGAGGAAAACAAUACUAUGCAGAAGAAGCUUCAGCAAUACAUGACAGUAACAGAUGAACAGCUGAUGUCUCUCACGCAAGCAUUUAAAGGCCUCCCUUUGGUAGAAUCCAGAAGAGAAGAAAGUCCAAACCAUUUUGGAAUUGCAGGCAAAGGUCCAGCAAAUGGCCAAGAAAAACCUGACUUGAGCUAUUCUGAGCCCGGGACUGAUGGAGACAACAGGGAAAAUAUGCUGAAAUUCCCUCAGGAAGAACUUCCUUUCAUGUGUCCCCCAAGGCCAGGUACCUCAGGUGGUGUGGGAUCUGGUAGAGGCUUGCCAGGUCACGUCUUCCAGCCAGCUGUGCUGUUGUCACCCCCGCGGCAGAAGAGCAGUCAGGAAUUGUCUCCCCUCCAGAACGUCAUUCCUCAGUCUCCUGAAAACACCGAAAGAGAACCGUGCAAGGAAAGGAGCUCACCUUCCUCCCUCAGAACACAAAGCACAAUUGAGAACUGUCUCAUCUCUCGAAGGCAACCAGUUCCUCCUGCAGACAGAGACCUGGAGAGUUCCCAUGAGAAAAGCAGUCUGUCCUGCCCCCAUGACACGAGGAAAAGCAGCCCAGCUGAAGAGUUACUUCCAAACGGUGAUCUGCUGGGACAGAUAGCUGAGCUCACACGGCAGAACUCCCUCAUUAAAGCUCAACUCAGCAAAUUCAGAGGCUUCUCUGAAGACACAAGUUACUAUCUACAUCAGCUAGACCAAAUACAAAAUGCAAAUCCUAGUCCAGCCUCUUCACAAGGACAGACUCCUCUCAUGGCAUCGAAGAGCUUGGAGGAAAGAAUAGCAGAGCUGGAUCGUCAGAGUACAGAAGCACGUGAUAAACUGUUGCAGCUAAUAGAGCAGCAGAAGUUAGCUGCUGAUGAUACGGUCCCUCCAAUGACAUCUCCUGUUCUGCCCCCAUCCCUAAAUUAUCUUGAAAAUGCCAGGAGGACAAUUGAAGCGUCUGUUCCUGUGGCAGCUGCUAUGGACAGCUCCAAAGAAGACAGUGUUUCCCCUGCCAGUAUGACCAGUAUAAGAAGGUCUGUCGGAGACUCUAGCAAACCUUGUUCACCCCUAAGUGCCACAUCAGAAAGUGGGAAAUUAACUCCUGUCAGCCAAAGGCCAAAGGUGGAAAAGCACAAAGAGGAAGGCUGGUUUGCAUUGUCAGUGCAUGUCAUGUAA